GAGGGAGGGAGACACAGAGAGGGGGAGAGCUACAGACAGAGACAGAGACCAAAAGAUACCGACAUACAGGCACAGACACGGCUGAUACCGCAGCUCUGUUGAAGAACCUUAUUGAGGAGAGAAACAUUAACAGAAAGCAUAAUCUUAAUGGGAUGGAGUUUACAGAGGAACAAAUUCAGCAGCAUCUAGCUUUGCUGGGUUACUCUAAUAUCCCAGAACAUCGGCUUCAAGAGUUCAAAAAAGAUCUAGAAGAACUGAUAAACCAUGAACGUUCAAAGAGCAAUAGCACUACCAGCUUUUCUCCAGAGUCAGUCGAGAGCAAGGCUUCAUCAAACCAUGUUUCACAGGCAAGGAUUCAAUCCACAUGCCAACCACUUGCUGCAACACAGAUCACCCAACAAGAGUUCAGUUCAGGAAAAGAGAAUCAGGUUGCCUUGCCUUCAAAUGGGAGAGGGUUCUUGCAUCGUCAUCCUGGAAGAUAUUGCCAGCCUGACUCGUACAUUAGUUCCUCGGUGGCACCAAAUCCAAGCCAGUUUAGGUGUAACUCUGCACCAUGUACACUGAUGCUUCACAACAGUCCAGAUCAGGAAAGUAAUAGCAGCCAAGCUCAUUCUGACAACAAUCCUGAAGGGCCCUGUGGGAGCAAAAGAAAACCGACUCUGCGGAGAAAAGUACUACGGAAGAAGAAUGGAGAAGUACAAGUUUGUGAUGAAUCUGUAACAAGCGAGACUGAUUGUGAUUCUGUCAGUGAAUUGGAACAAAGGAUCAGUAGAUUUCAAACUCUGUACCAUGACGCAGAGUCCGAUGAAGAAAGUGAAGAAUCAAGGUCAAUCGACUCGGGCAUCAUCGCUUACAGAGGACCGGGGUCUGCCCAAACUUACUUCACAAGAGAUAUGUGGAGUCAUAGGCCUACAGGGAAUGAAGGCUCUAAUGCUUUAUGUGGACCAAAAUCAUUUAUCCGACCUGUAAUGGAUCAUCCUCAUACCAGAAACCUAAAGAAAACUGAUCCCGUAACAAAGUACUUUGAGUAUAAAAGGGAAUGGGACACUUUUAAAAUGCCUGGAGAAAAAGAUCAGAAGGAGUUGCGCUGGGUCAUCAGGCAACAAAUGCUGUAUAAGAGCCGCCAACCUCCAAAACCUCAGCGGAUGUACAUUCCAAAUGACUAUAUAGUACCAACUGAUAAGAAACGUUCUGCAUUGCGGUGGGGAAUUAGACAUGAUAUGGCAAAUGGAACCAUUCCACAUAAGUUGUUCUAUCCUUUAUAGCUGGAUUUUUAAAAAAAUCUGAUUGCAGUGUUAUGUAAUUAGUGUUUGUGAAACAAUUUUAUGUGAAAUCAGUUAAAUAAUGAAGUCAUUGAUUUUAUUGAAAUUAGAAAUGAUCUUAUUUCCACGUUAUAAUUCUGCCAAGCACAAUUCCUCAUGUUUUAAGGAAAGUCACUGUAAGGAAGUUUGAAUGGAUAGAGGGGAGAGUAUCUGGUAUCAUGCCAU